GUCCAUUCACUUGUUGUGAUUGCACCACUAUGGCUUCACAAAAGCCAGUGCCCAAAAAAGAAGGAAAGCCAGCCCCAGUUGCAAAAGAAGAACCAGCUCCUGAAGCAGCAGAACCAGCGUCAACAGCCGAUCCUAAACCAACAGCGCCAGCACUGGAAAAGGCUGCAUCUGCCCCAAAUACAACAACAGAGUUCAGUGCUGAACAGCUUGAAGAGUUCAAAGAAGCUUUCCUGUUGUUUGCCAGGACUCCCUCGGGGGAGAUGAAGAUUUCACUAGCUCAGUGUGGAGAUGUGAUGAGAGCUUUGGGUCAGAACCCAACCAAUGCUGAAGUUUUGAAUGUUCUUGGGAAACCAAUGCCUGAAGAGAUGGAAUCCAAACUGAUCGACUUUGAGACUUUCCUGCCUAUGUUUCAACAAGUUUCAAAGUCUACUGAAAGGGGCACAUUUGAAGAUUUUGUGGAAGGCCUUAGGGUCUUUGACAAAGAAGGGAAUGGAACAGUCAUGGGGGCUGAACUCCGCCAUGUGCUCGCUACUUUGGGUGAGAGAUUGUCUGAGGGUGAAGUGGAUCGGUUGCUGGCAGGGCAAGAAGACACAAAUGGUUGUAUUAACUAUGAAGCUUUUAUAAAACAUGUCAUGACUGGCUGAGGGAACUCUUCUGGUACAGUAGCAGCCUCCCAUGCACGUCAGCGGUGGUUAGCUGAAGGUCAAGUGUGAGAAUUGUCAUCUCAUCAGUGAUU